UGUCGAAAUUCGGCCAGAAAACAAACAUAGACAGACAACAUCAAAAUCACAGUUUAGCGCGCCUAAGGAAUAAUCGUCAUCGAUUGGAAACGUGCGCGAAACUGCUUUGAAUAUCAAGCAGCCACGCAGUAAAUUUAAUGCCAGACAUUCAGUGAAUUUAUAAAAUUCAAUUGACGAACUCUGCCGGAGAGGGCAGAACAAAGCAGCACGGCGCGCGUAGCUUAUAGUAACCCAUCAUAUACACAGCAACGCAGGCAGCGCUGCUUAUCGCGGCAGCAAAUCGACUGAGCUUCCUCCACCCAGCGACUGUUUUCAGGCAGCAAACGGAGUCCGCGACGACAGCAACACAGCAAGCGCAGCGGCUGUUCUUCCUCUUCUACUACUACUAUAAUUUCUAAUUUUGUUUAUUGGAAACUUUAAAAACUUAGAAUUGAAAUGGAGGAGCAUUCGCGUGUUUUAAGCAUUUUGGGCGGCAUUGCCAUGAGCAUUGUCGGCUUUCAGAUCUGCCGUAAAGUCUUGCCCUGGAUUUAUGCAAAUGUGGUGGGCCCCAGGCUGUGCGGCUCCUCGGUGAAUCUGGCCGAGAUGGGCGAAUGGGCAGUUGUCACCGGCUCCACGGAUGGUAUAGGCAAGGCCUACGCCAGGGAGUUGGCGCGAAAGGGCUUAAAAUUGGUAUUGAUUUCACGAUCCUUGGACAAACUGAAAACUGUCGCCAAGAAAAUUGGCGAUGAGUUCGACGUCGAGGUGCGCGUCAUCAAUGUCGAUUUUACCAGCGGCGUGGAUAUCUAUGAGAAGAUACGUACACAGACAGCUGGUCUGGAUGUGGGUGUCCUGGUGAACAAUGUGGGCAUCAGCUAUAGCUAUCCCGAGUACUUUUUGGACUGCUACAAUGCGGAUCCGAAGUUUCUGUGCAACAUUGUUGCAGCGAACAUACAUUCCGUGACCCACAUGACUGCCAUUUUCAUGCCAGGCAUGGUGCAGAAGCGCAAGGGUGUGAUUAUCAAUUUAUCUUCUACAGCAGGUGUAAUACCCAAUCCCUUGCUCAGCGUCUACAGCGCCACAAAGGCCUUUGUGAACAAGUUCAGUGAUGAUCUGCAGACUGAGUAUAAAACGGAUGGUAUCAUAAUACAGAGUGUCCAACCUGGAUUUGUGGCCACCAACAUGUCGAAGAUAAGUAAGGCGAGCGUGUUUGCGCCCACGCCAGAAACGUAUGUAAAAUCUGCUUUGGCGACACUUGGCAUUGCCACACAAACUGCUGGAUAUUUACCCCACGCACUGCUUCAACUGGUCAUACAUUUUACAGAGGCUGUUUUCGGUGAUCAGUUUGCUAGAAACGAAGUUCUUAAAAAUAUUUUAGGUACACGGAAGCGAGCUUUGCGUCGCCUCGCUAAGGAGCGAUAGAAGCAAUUCAUUUCCAAAUAAUCAUAUCCAAAAAAGAAAAACCAAAAACAAAAAGCAAACUUAAAUGCCAUUACGAAUCUACAAAUGGUUAAUUGGGUUAAGGAUGGGGGAAAAACAGAAAGGACUCGAGACACUCGGGGAGGGAAGGCAUACAAAUAAAUGAAAAAUUAUGCCUGCCAUAUGUGCCGCCAUUUAUAUAUAGACAUAUAUAUAUU